AUGACUUCUUCAAGUACAGAGUCCUCAGAAUUUGAAGUCUCAACCUUUUAUGAGUAUUACAAUGACUAUCUUGAUGCUCCAAAACCAUGCAGUAAGGAAAGUGUCAAGAGGUUUGCAGCCUCCUUCCUACCUGUUCUCUAUACCCUUGUAUUCCUGGUUGGGCUCAUAGGCAAUGUUCUGGUCAUUGUGGUCCUUGUCAAAUACAAGAGGCUGAAGAGCAUGACUGAUGUGUACCUGCUAAACCUUGCCAUCUCAGAUUUGCUCUUUGUUUUAUCCUUGCCCUUCUGGUCUUACUUCACAAUAGAUCAAUGGGUUUUUGGAACUCCUUGGUGUAAAAUCAUUUCCUGGAUCUACCUGGUUGGCUUCUACAGUGGGAUAUUUUUUAUUAUGCUUAUGAGCAUAGACAGAUACCUGGCAAUUGUUCGUGCAGUGUUUUCCUUGAAAGCAAGGACUGCCUUCCAUGGCUUGAUUACUAGCCUUGUUGUAUGGCUAGUUGCUCUUUCAGCAUCAGUUCCAGAACUUAUAUUUAGAGAAUCUUUUAAUGAACGCAACUAUACUACCUGCAAGCCAAAAUAUCCAGGCAAUUUCACAAGAUGGAAACUUUUUUCCACUUUGAAAAUCAAUAUUUUAGGGCUCCUAAUUCCUUUUAUUGUCAUGACAUUUUGCUACUCCAUGAUCAUUAAAACAUUAGUUCACUGCAGAAAUGAGAAAAGGAAUAAGGCUGUGAAGAUGAUCUUUGCUGUCAUGAUCAUGUUCUUCUUCUUCUGGACUCCUUACAACAUUGUUAUUUUCUUACAACUGCUGGAAAUAACAGGAGUCAUUAGAGACUGUCAAGUGAGCAGGAAUCUGGACUAUGCCCUCCAGGUAACAGAAAUCCUCAGCCUUUUCCACUGUUGCCUCAAUCCAGUCAUCUACUUCUUCAUGGGGGAAAAAUUUAAGCAGUAUGUGAAGAUGCUCUUUAAGAACUGGUGGUUACCUGGGAGUAUUUGCAAGUGGUGUGGAGUUCCCAUCACUUACUACACUGAAUCUACCAGUUCAUUCCACACACAUUCUACAGCAGAACAAGAUGCUCUGUAA